UAACAAAAUAUCAGGUUGUGGUGUUCAAAUCGUUCAUUCAAAUACGCAAAAUGCAAUUGAGUGAACGUUUACUCGUCGUGUUAGUUUUACUGUGCACUGUUGUUUAUUGUGAAGACAAGACAGAACCAAAGCGAAAAGGACGACAUCUCCUUGCUCUGCUUGGCUACUUACACGGCUACAAAAUAGGUCAAGAAUAUGCUUUACAAUACCCCUCAUACUUGAUUACACCGAUCGUCGUCGUGCCUUCAGUAAACCAACAGCAAAGUGUUAAUAUCCAAAGUGGAGGUACAGAUGAAAAGUAUCAAGAAAAUGGUGGAACUAUUCAGACGAUUACUCAUGACAAAAUCAUGUGCAAAAAUAAUACAAAUACAAGUAAAAAUGAAGACAUUACAGAUACAAGCCAUAUGAAUGACGAUAUCGAAGUCCGCAUAGUUACUAAACCAGUUGACAUGAAAGUUGAAACUAUCAAAAAAGACGCAGAAAAUAUUACAACUAUGUUAAGACAAGGUCUUACAAGUGAUGAAAAUGUGACUAAUACAAAUACAAGUACCACUACGGCGGACUUAGUACUGGAAACAUUGAUAAAUACAACUGAAAAUAAAAACAACAUUGGUACAACUACUAUAAGAUCAUAUCCGUCAGCAGAAUAUGACAAUCAAGAGAUUAACUCUUUGAGUCUCACAACUAGUCUACCUAUUGAAGGAAAUCAAGCUCUGCCUCCUAUUAAAGAUAACAGAUGGCAAAAUUUCUCUUUAGAAACAAAUCUCAGCGAUAUAAUGUCUGAUGAUAAUGUGACAAUGAUAAAUGAGCAACAGAAUAAUACACUUCCAUCUUCAUUGUCUACCGAAAACGUAACAGAAUAUCCUACUCUUAUAGAGACUAUUACUUACAAAGGACCUUACCCUAACGCGUGGUAUUACCAUCCAGCGAUUGAUCAAUUAUCAAUAACGACAAAUUAUUAUACAAAUGAGCCACCUCCACCUGUAAAUGAUAGAUGGGGGUCGUUUUCCCCAAUGAAUAAAAUUACACUACCUAGUGGAUUUAGACCUCUCGCUGGCUUGUAUUACGAUGGAUUUUUGCAUACACCUUUAAAAAAAUAUGGAUUCUUUUCACAAAAUUCUUGGAAAUGAAUUAGUUAAUACAAUAAUGUUUUUGAUUUAUAUAUGUAAUAAAAAACAUUUAAGAAUAAAAACGUUAUAAUUAUCUCAA